AAAUAAAGCAAACAAAAUUAAAAUGAAUGAACUGCAUUCUAAUUUUUUAUCACUCCAUAAUAUGUUAAUAGAAACCACAAAACUGCUUCGUCAAAAGUUUUUAUAUUCAUUCAAAGAAAUAUAUAACAUUGAAUGGGCAGAUAAAAAAGAAAACGAUUUUUUUAUAAACGGAGGUGGCAAAGAAAUUCGAAGUAGUUGCAACAAAAUACAAAAAACUAUUUUAGAUUCUGGAUGCUCAAAUGAAUGGGAUGUUACUCUUUUGUGUACUAUAUUGUCAUCAAAACUAUUUUUGAGAAAAAAUCUGUAUUCUUCGGUUUUAAUUCAAAAAAUAUCGUCAGUUCGUAAUCGGAUAUGUCAUUUACCUACAUUAGAAAUAACAGAUACAUCUUUUGACGAGCUUUCAAAUGAGCUGACUCCUUUAAUGUCAGAGUUAGGAGCAUCUAAAGAGUAUGUUUUAGAAUUGAAAAAUAACAAAGGGUUUCAAGCUAGCCAAGUAGAACAAGACAAAAAUGCUCAAUUUUUUAAGGAAUCUGCAAAUGAGGAAUUUAAGAUUAAAAAUUAUGAACAAGCAAUCAAAAUCUACACUUCUGCAAUUCUUUUGCGUAAUUUAACUAAUCAAGAACUAGGUAUAUUGUAUCGUAAUCGAUCAUUGUCUUAUUUAAAACUUUAUGAAAAAACAAAGAAUGCAAUUAAUUUAGAUUAUGCAAUUGCAGAUGCAAAGAAAACAUGUUUUUAUCAACCAGUGUGGUUUAAAGGAUAUGCUCAACUUGGUGCAGUAUACCAAAAGUUAAAUGAGCUAAAAAAAGCAGUUAAAUACUAUGAAAAACACCUAGCAUUUAAUCUAAAUAAUGACGAGGUGAAAAAUACAUUAGCUUCUUUAAAAGUUAAACUUGAAGAACAGUAUCGAAAUGAUCAUUUUAUAAAUUUGCCACUCUCAAUUGAAGAGCAAGACGACCAAUUGGCACAAGAAUUUCAAAAAAUUUUUCCUAAUUCAAGAAAUUUUAAUCACUUUUAUUCCAAACAGAAAAAGAUGUUUUUUAAAGAAGACCCUAUUUUGAAAUUAGUCUGGACUGGACAUGAGUAUCGUGAUGGCUCAAAAAAUGUCAAACAAAAUUAUGAAAUAACUGCAAAGUACUAUAGUGAAGCAGCAAAAAGUAACAAUGCAGAAGGUAUUUUCAGCUUAGCUUGUUUAAUGAUGAGUGGAUUAGGGGUUAAAAAAGACUUUGAAGCUGCAUUAAGUCUGCUAAAUGAGGCUGCUAAGCAGGAACCCACUCGUAAACUUAUGGGUUUUGAAAUUCCAAAUGAUGGUGUUAAAGAAGCUGAACAUAAAUUAGGUUUACUCUACCAAGAAGGUACUUAUGUACCUAAAAAUAUUUUAGUAGCAUCCUAUUGGUAUCAGUUAGCUAUUGAGCAUGGUAACCCACAAUCCGCUAAUAACCUUGGUUUAUUUUAUUUACAUGGCAAUGGUGUUCCAAAAAAUAUCCUGCAAGCUAAAAAACUAUUUUUAUUUGCUCAUGAAAAUGGAGUAGUUACCGCUUCUUCAAAUUUAGUUUCACUAUAUCUUCAAGAACUUGAUGCAGAUAGGGCAUUAGAGUGGCAUGAAAUAGCUCUUCAAAAAUUGUAUUUAUCUAAAAUGGAAGAUGGGAAUAUUAGGAAACUUAUUGAAAAUAUAAAAAAUGCCAAAAAUCUUAAAGAUUAUAAUGAAGUAUUACUUCCUAUUCAAAAAUACGUUAAACGUUUUGAAAAUUCACUUCUAAUCCCAUCUGCAAUACUAGUUAAAACCAAAAGAUUUAAUAUAGAAGAACUUCGUUUAAAUUCCAAAAACGGAUCAAUAACAGCUAGUCAAAUGCUUAAGGCUUAUAAUUUGUUUCACAGUGCUCUUCAUAUGCUUCAAAAUGAAAACUUUAUUAAAGAAGAUUUUGUAAGAAUGCUUGCAACUGCUUUUAUAUGCUGCCAUAUUAUUUGUCAGUUUUCUAACAUCAUUCAAGCUAAUGUAUUAAAAAUAGUUAACUCGAUCAUCCAUGAAAACAAUAACCAAAAGACUGACAUAGAUUAUUUUGCACGUAUUUGUUUUGCUUAUUUAAACGGUGGUGAUUAUACGUUAGGAAUUAAUUUUCUUACAUCAUCACUUAAAAUUUAUCCUGGUGAUGCUAAAAUGCUUCACUUGCUAGGCUGUAAUUUUUCAUUCUUGUAUCAGUAUGAAAAUGCAUUAAAAGCAUUUGAGUCAGCUUGUUUAUCGGAUCCGUUGAACUACGAAUAUAUUUUCAGCAAAGCUGCUGUUUUACGACUGCUUAAAAAUUGUGAUGCAAAACAUUUUUAUGAAAAAUUUAUUUCCGUAGCACCAGUUGAUCAUCGUAUGAUACCAGAAUCAUACUAUGGCAUUGGAUUAUGUUUUGUUCAAAUGGAUCAGGAUUUUUCAAAAUAUAAAUCUGAAAUUACAUUUUAUUACAAAAAAGGUCUCGAAAAUGAAAACCUUCAACUCUCAUGUUUUCUUCCAUAUGAAAGCAAUUCAAAAGUAUGUAUAGAAUCUUGGCUAAAUGUUUCAAAACUUGACCCUAAAAAGCUAACCGAAAGUUUACCAGAAACAGUUGAACCCAGUAACAAAAGUAAUAAUUUAUUUGUUGAUUACAAAAGAAAAGAAACAAUUAUUAAUCAUCGAAAAAUGUUCGAUAUGGUAGAAGAAAAUGAAAACGAAUAUGUUAUGUAUUGUAACAUAACAUACAAACCAUUGCAUACCCAAACAGUUCCAUCCUCAAUUGUAGGUCUUAAGAAAGUCUUUUUUGAAGAUAUUGAUUUUACAAAAGAUCAUCUUCUUACUGGCCGCGUGUUGACUGUUACAAAUAUUAACAUUCCAAUGGUUAACUUAUUUACUUCAGUUCAUUUUGUAGUCGAAGACGAAAAUGAAAUUGUUGCAAGGUUAUGCAUUAAUAAUCUUGGUAAAGAUUACCAAUUAAUAAACAAUAUGUUUCCAGUUGGUUGCAUUUUUUCAGUUAUUGAUCCUUACGUGAGAUUAGCUGCAGAUGGAAAACCCAUGAUAAGAGUUGAUGAUCCUAAUUCAAUAAUUAUGUCUGAAAAAUUUAAAAUAAACAUGUGUUUGUAUUGUGGUAAAGAGAAAUCAAAGUACACCUGCUCAAAAUGUAAAAUUGCCAAAUACUGCACUAAAGAAUGCCAAUAUAAUGAUUGGAAAUUCCUUAAACACAAAAGUGUUUGUUAUUUUCUUUCGUGUAAGCAAUAGAUUUAAAAUCAUAAUAUCCAAAGUUACGAAAUAUUUUAUAAAA